AUGGUUCUAAAAUCCACAUCAGCCAGUGAUGUAUCAGUGUAUCAAGUUUCUGGUACCAAUUCAGCACGUUCCCUACCAGAUUGGAUAGCCAAGAAACGUAAGCGUUCCUUAAAGAAUGAUUUAGAAUAUCAAAAUCGAGUAGAAUUAAUUCAAGAUUUCGAGUUCAGUGAGGCAUCCAAUAAAAUUAAAGUCUCACCAGAUGGCCAAUAUGCAAUGGCUACUGGCACUUAUAAACCACAAAUCCACGUUUAUGAUUUUGCCAAUUUAUCUUUGAAAUUUGAUAGACAUACUGAUUCUGAAAAUGUGGAUUUCAUAAUGAUCUCUGACGAUUGGACUAAGAGUGUUCAUCUACAAAAUGAUAGAAGCAUUCAGUUCCAAAAUAAAGGCGGGUUACAUCAUACUACAAGAAUACCAAAAUUUGGUAGAAGUUUAGCAUAUAAUAAGGUUAACUGUGAUUUAUUCGUAGGUGCUAGUGGAAAUGAAUUAUAUAGAUUGAACCUAGAGCAAGGUAGAUUCUUGAAUCCAUUCAAGACGGAUACUGAAGGUGUCAAUCAUGUUUCAAUAAGUGAUGCCAAUGGGCUAAUCUCUGUUGGGAUGGAAGAUAAUGUUGUUGAAUUUUGGGAUCCCAGAGCUCGUUCAAGAGUUGCAAAAUUAUUUUUAGAAAAUGAAUUGGAAAAUAGUUCAUUUCAGGUAACUACCACUAGUUUUCGUAAAGAUGGACUAAAUUUUGCUUGUGGGACUUCAAAUGGGUACACUUACCUCUAUGAUUUACGUACGUCAGCACCUACUACUGUUAAAGAUCAAGGUUAUGGCUUUGAGAUUAAAAAGAUUAUUUGGUUAGAUGAUGUCGGGACUGAAAAUAAAAUUUUGACAAGUGAUAAAAGAAUUGCGAAAAUAUGGGACAGAGUCGAUGGGAAGGCAUACGCAUCUAUGGAACCCAAUGUCGAUAUCAAUGAUAUCGAACAUCUUCCAGGCACCGGUAUGUUUUUUACAGCCAAUGAAGGUAUCCCAAUGCAUACUUACUAUAUUCCUAAUUUAGGUCCUUCACCACGUUGGUGUUCAUUCUUAGAUUCUAUCACUGAGGAAUUAGAAGAGAAGCCAAGUGACUCUAUUUAUUCCAACUAUAGAUUUAUUACAAGGACUGAUGUUAAGAAAUUGAGUUUGUCUCAUUUGAUAGGUUCCAAUGUAUUAAGAGCCUAUAUGCAUGGGUUCUUUAUUGACACCGAGCUUUACGAUAAGGUCGCAUUGAUUGCUAAUCCAAAUGCCUACAAAGAUGAAAGAGAAAGAGAAAUUAGACGUAGAAUCGAAAAGGAAAGAGAAUCAAGAAUCAGAACAUCAGGUGCUGUUGUUAAACCUAAGAUUAAAGUCAAUAAAUCUCUUGUGGAUAAAUUAUCCCAAAAGCGUGGUGAUAAAGCAGUUGAGAAAGUGCUUACAGAUGACCGUUUCAAAGAAAUGUUUGAAGAUGAAGAUUUCCAAGUUGAUGAAGAUGCAUAUGAUUACAAACAAUUGAAUCCAGUCAAAUCUGCUAGAGAAACUGAAGAAGGUGCCGCUAAACGUAUUAGAGCAUUGACUGCUGCUGAAGAAUCAGACGAAGAAAGAAUUGCAAUUAGAGAAGGUAAAUACGAUAGUAAUGAUGAGGAUGAAUCUAGCGAAGAAGAAGAAGAUGAUGAAGAAGAAGAUGAUGAAGAAGAAGGCGAACGUAAAACGAAUAAACCAAGCGAAAAGGACAAGAAGACGAUACAGAAACAAUUAAAGUCUAUUGAACGUAGAAAGAAAGCUAAACAAGAGAGUGACAAAUUCAUAAAUGAGAUGAGUGUGGGUGCCACGGCCUCACAAGAACAAACUACAGGUAAGGUGACCUUUGCGGAUCAAGUCCAAGAAUUGAAUGCGGAGGAGCAAGAAAGGAAAUCAGAUGAGUCAAUCUUACACCGUAACCAUCGUGGUGAAGCCGAAUUGACGUUCGUACCAAAGAAAACAAAGAAACCGAAGAAGGUAAAGAAACAAAAUGGAUCAGGUAGCGAUGAUGACGAAGAUGAUGACGAGAAUAAGAGGGACAAUGGUAGGACCAAACAAAGAUAUGAUAGCAGAAGAAGAGCAAGUAAGAACGUCUUCCGUGGGAUGUGA